AUGACCGCUCCAUUGAGCACCCUGGGCUCGCUGCUCGUGCAGCCCCACGGCGACCUGCAUCUGUCCCCUCAGCUUCCUGCAGCCGAGGCAGCAUCAGGUGCGGCGCCGCCGCCUGCGACCGCCGCGGCGGCGGCGGCAAUGGUGCCGCCGCCGCCUGCGCCGGCAGCGUGCCACCCCGUGAUGUCUCUAGAGGAGCUGGAGGCACUGCUGGCAGAGGCCAGGCGGUUUGCAGAGAGUGGCUUGGCCCCCAGUGCAAAGCCCGCAGCGCAGCAGCCUGGCCCUGAGGAGAGUCAUGCGUGGGCAGCGCCGACCGUGCCAGCCGUGCUGACGCAGAGUGGCGGCGGCGGCGGCCCCAUCUUCCCCAGCGGCGGGGGUGGUGAUCGUGGUGGUGGUAGCAACAGCGUCGCGGCUCUGGUGCGGGAUGUGGAGCGGCUGGUGGUGGCGGGCGAGGCGCUGCAGCCGCUGCGGUCCAGCACUGAGAGGUACCUGUGGCUGGCCCUUGACGCCCUGGACGUCGGCCUGGCAGAGCAGCUGGUGCGGCAGCUGGAGGGAAGCUGCGGGGUGCAACUGGCGGACCUGCGGCACAAGAUUGGCAGCCGCAACGUUCUGCACAUGCUGGCCACGCGGACGGGGUACUGGCCGCCCGACAAAUCGCGCCAGCAGCUGCUGCCCCCUCGGCUGCCCCCUGGGUCCGAGGCGCCCCUUCGCCAGCAGCUUCUGGCAAGGGUGGUCGACCACCUGGGAGAUGACACGGCUCGCGCCCUGAUGCGGCAGCCCAACAACAACGGCGCCGUGCCCUUCUUCACGGCGUGCCACUUCUGCAUGCCGCCUGUGGUGGAGUUCCUGCUGCGGCGGGGGCUGGUGGUCUACGACGACCUCACCGCACAGACAGGAGGCAGAGGCAAGCGUUGGAUCCACGUCGCCAGCACCGAGGCCGCGCAGCAGCCCCAGCACGCGGGCGACUACGAGCACUGCCUGCGGCGCAUUCUGAGAGCAGUGCCCACCCUGGCCCUCGACGAGGCGCGGCGGCUCGCGGCCCAGGUCGAAGGCGGCAGAGGCUGCGGUGAUGACGGCGGUGGCGGUGUUGGCGGUGGCGGCAGUCAGGGCGGGGGCGGGGCCGCGGGAAGAGAGGACGUAGAGGCGGCGGCGCGCCAGCUGGCAAUGUUGGCGGUGCGCGUGCACGUGGGUUGGGAGGGGAGGGGAGGGUCGCCUAGCUACGACGGCGCCCUCCAGCGUUGCCUGGUGCGGGAGGAGCUGGGGGACUACCUGGGGCCCGCGAUGCUGGCCAAGGCGCUCGGGACACAGGAGCAGUAG